AUGUAAUUGAAUUAAAUUAAAUCAAAGAAAAGAAGGAUAACUCCAAGUGAGAUAUAUUAAUUAUCUCUAUCCCAAGAGAGAUAUCAGAUUCCUAAAUUCUUGUCUCUGAAUCAAUAGAACAUUAAUAAAUCGUAAAUAUAUUAAAUUUUGGACCAAAUUGGAUCAGGUAGUUAUAACACUAUUUUUAUUGCGGAAAAUAAGCUACAUGGUGGUUACUAUGCAAAUGAAGAAAGUACUCCAAGAUGCAAAAUAAAUCAAUAGGGAAUUGGAAAUGCAUAUGAAUAUGAAUCACCCUCAUAUAGCACCUCUAAGAGAUUAUUAUUAUACUGUUGAAAAUAAG